AUGGCAGACAAGAUGGCUGAAGCUUUAGUUGAAUGCAAGUCUACCCUCUCCGGCGCAAGUUGGUCUUCCAAUGCCAAUGACGCCAUCAACAUCUCCCUCGUAAACCCUCAAAAGACGCUCUCAACCUUCCACCCCAAAUUCACAUACCCAAUCUUCGGCGAUGAAGAGUCCAUCUUUGGCUACCAGGGCCUCAAGAUCAAUCUUCGAUACAACAGCAGUGAUAUGCGCCCGGUCUUGCAGGUUACAUACAAUAAGAAAUAUAAACCGGUUGGGGACGUGGAACCUACGGAUGUGAAGGGUGCGCUGGAGGAGUUUCUGCCGAAGACUGCGUUUGAAAAGAUUUCCGUAUUUGAGGCUGCGAUCAAAGAUCCCUCGUCUGCGGAAUGGAGCCCACCGGGAGAAUUAUGGACGACGGUUUCAGGCAAAGGAGAUGAGUGCUUUGAGGUAUGGAAGGGUAGCCUUGCGGACGUGACUGUAAAGCAACUGGUCAAGCGGCUUCAAAUACUAGUUCCUUUCUUCAUUGAAGGCGGGACAAUGAUCGAUCUGGAUGAUUCAGAGGCAAAUCUGGAUAGAUGGACGGUAUUCUUCCUUUACAAGAAGACUCUAGCUGGGACAUAUGAAUUCGUUGGCUACUCGACAGUCUACCGAUACUUUUUAUACCAACCGCUUACCAAAUCCGGAAAAUCGCCAGUAAAGAAACAGCGUAUCGAGCAAGAAGCCUACCUAGACUUCACGCUCCCUCUCCCAAAAACAUCCUUCUCAGACCUACCAUGCCGCUCACGGAUAUCUCAAUUCAUCAUCCUGCCACCCUACCACGGCGGAGGAAACGGUUCUCGUUUCUACAAUGCAAUCUUCGACUACUAUCUCCAAGACAAGAGCACGAUCGAGAUUACGGUCGAGGAUCCGAACGAGGCAUUUGACGAUAUGAGAGAUCUGAACGAUCUAGCUCGUCUUCGAACAAUCCCCGAAUUCACAGCGCUCCGUAUAAACAAGUCAGCCAUGCCCCGCCACACCGGCCCCGUACCACGCAACAUCCUCGACCUGCCCCUCCUCGAGACGCUGCGCACGAAACUGAAAAUCGCACCGAGACAAUUCUUCCGCGUCGUCGAGAUGCAACUCCUCUCACUCAUACACCCAGCGGUCAAACAAUCUCUGCUGGUCGAACAUUCAACGAAGGAUGUGCCGAAUCUAAAGGAGAAGAAGCACGAGUAUCAUCUGUGGCAGCUGUGGGUUAAGAAGAGGCUGUAUAAGCAUAAUAAGGAUACCCUUAUGCAGCUGGAUCGCAGUGAGAGGAUUGAGAAGCUGGAGCAGGCGUUGGGGGGCGUGGAGGCGGAUUAUGCCAGACUGUUGAGGGCUUUUGGUGAUAGGGCGAAGGCGCCGACGGGGGAGAAGAGGGGCUUGGAGGGAGAUGGAGGGGAGGAGGGGGAGAGCGGGGGGAAGUCGGAGGAGCCUAGUGCCAAGAAGGUUAAACUUGCUUAG